CUCGGCUGCCGUUUGAACAAAAACCCGCGCCCAUUCCUCGAGCCUGAAUCACUCCUCGCUCGCUCGCUGCUCGCACACGCGGCGGAGGAGGUGUGGCGGCGUGGCUCGGUCCAGGAACUCGGGGCGAAAUUUCGGGGACGCGCGACCCACGGGCGGAUCGGCUCAGGUUCACGAAGCCGGCUGCCGGCACGAGGUCAAAGCCUAAAGGAUUCGGGGAUUAAGCCUCCGGCUGCAGCCCUCAUCUGGAGGCUAAGUCGCGACUUGACAGGUCUGCGCGCGGUCAUGUUCCGGGACUCGGGGCGGGAGUGCGAGAGUUCGUGCAGCGGCUCUCCGGCAACGUCGCCAUACCUGUCCCCCGCCUCCAGCUCUUCCUCCUCCUCCAGUUCCUCCUUCUCCUGCAGCCCCGCCCUCCCACACGGCGCACAGGACUUCUCGCUCCCCUUCGUGCCGACCCUCACCGCCGUGGCGAGCAGCCCCGACCUCCGCUGGAUGGUCCAGCCCAGCGUCAUCACCUCCGCGGCGCGGCCCCCCGGGCCCCCCAUGGGCUACGCGCAUCAUCAGCCUCAUCAUUAUCAGCAGCAGCAGCUGCAGAGACUGGGGGGCGCUGCCCCCACCCAACGCGCUCUGCAGGGGGUUCCAUCGCGUCCGGGGGUCAUCCGCAUCGUGGCCUCGGCGCCCACGCGGAGAAAGAGGCCCGCAGAGGAGCUCAACCCCGAGGAGGACGAGAAGCGGAGAGUGCGGAGGGAGCGGAACAAACAAGCGGCGGCGAAAUGUAGACAUCGGCGUCGUGAGCUCACGGACACCUUGCAGGCGGAGGCCGACAAGCUGGAGGAGGAGCGCUCGGCGCUGCAGUCCGACAUCCGCCUCCUGCAGAAGGAGCGCGAGGACCUGGAGAGGAUCCUCAGCGCCCACCGCGCGCUCUGCCGCCUGCCCCCCAACGCCGCGGAACCCGACAGCUCACCGACUCCUGCAGGAGACCCCCAGGACCUCCUGGAAGAGCAGCGGCAGCAGGAGCGGCGGCGGCGAGGGGAUACCCCCCGGGGUCCCGACCCGACCCCCCUCGUCGCCGUGAAGCUGGAGCCCACGGAACUUGCGGACGAGGUGGCGAGGAGCCGCGCGUCACGUCUCUCCUCGCCCGAGCACCUGGGCGGGGAGUCCCACUCGUGCGCCACCUCCUACCGGCGCGGUAGCGCGGGUGGCGGGCCAGGGCAGCCUGAGGAGCGCCGGUCGGGGCGAAGCGACGGCGGGCGCGCUCGGGUCGCGAACGCUGAUGGCGCUCUAGCGAGGAGAGGGGGGUGGGGGAGUACACGGGGAGGGAGGGGGGGAUUGUCGCGUUUACACGAGAGGAGUGCAGCAGGGCUUCUUAGUUUCAGCCGGGCCUGAGCUGCGGAAUAUAUUUCAUGAGAAAUGAAGCCUUUGCCUGGAUGCGUGGUGAUGAUGAUGAUGGUGCGGUGGUGUUGGCUGUUUUAUUAUGGAGACGAAUUAUUGAGAAGUGUGGGGGGAAGGGGGGGCUAGAGCGCCUCCUCGCCGGCGGUCGAGAUGCCUGAAGGAGUGGCAGCCGAGAGAUGAAACGCGCCAGAAAGGAUCUACCACCGAGGAGGAGAUGGAGCGAUGAAAUUCCCCCCCCCCCCCCACCCCACCCCUCCUCCGUUGUGGGUGGCUCUAGGUGGAUUGUUACAUCGCCGGAUCGUGAGAGGUGGGAACGGCAGCUCGGGGGAGGCGUUCAUCCAGCAGUGGAUUGAGCAUGGCCGGUGAUUAAUUGCUGUAACAAUCACAAUCGCGCGUCGCCGUCUGUUUGUUAAAGCUAAAAGGGAAAACGCAUUCCAAAGGCCAAACUUCUGACCUGUUUCUGCAGCGCGUGUGUUUUAUAUGUAAUAAUAAGUUAUGUAGUGUACGCUUAAUUUGCUUACAAGCGGGGAGGGAGAGGGGGGGGUUCAUAAUCUUUAUUGAAUGAAUGAUGGCGGCAAUGAGUCUCGUGCUGAUUGGAGUUAAUUAGUCACCCGUGUGGAAGAGAUAGCGCAGCGAUUCAAGGGGCACGUGCUGAGUCAGCAGGGCUGACGCCGUUGCUCCUGGCGACUGACUGGAAGACGGACGGGGGAGUGGUGGGACUGCGGCGUAUGAUGAUUACUGUAUUCUCUACAGUAUAAAGACCCCCCCCCCACCCUCCCCCUGUAUUUUAAAGCAAAAGCUGGGGGUGCGUCUCGUAAUACGGUAGCUGUGUGUAAGACCAUGUUUGUGGAACGGCAAUGGCAGUGAGGAAACACAGGUUUGGAGUGCGUCUUAUUUUUUCGGCGACGCUUGUAAUGCAGAGAAUACGGUAAUUCUUCGGCACGUUCACGGAGUGGCAAUUGAUCGAUUUGAAAUCGAUUCGAGGGAUACGUGGAACCGAAUGGCGCGAGCGUCGAAUGUCUUAAAAUAGUGUGCAGUGUUUAGAAUGUCUGCGGAUGUCAAUGCUGAUGCUACGUAGUAUACAGGACUCGUGCAAACGAACGAGUCCCCGACGAGACUUUACUUACAGAGAAAAAUUCAAACGAGACGAUACAAAACGAGCGACGGGCCACGACCCCACGCGCAGCUGGCGGAGUGGGCGAAGAGGCUGUUGCAAUUGAGCGUUUCUCUUAAAUAGCUCUUCUGAGAUUUGAUUUACAGCAAGAUGUUUUUCAUGCAUAUUUAAAAAAAAAGUGUUCUCAUAUAUAUACUGUACACAUCUGUUCGGGCCCUCCACACCGGCAAAUUGGACGGGUUUGGGAACUCCUGGACAGGCAGUGGCUUGGAUGCUAAUUACAAAAAAAA